AUCAAAAUGCACAAGCAACACAAAAUAAAAUCUCAUAAAAAAAUGUCUAAAAACCAUCCUAGUAAAAUCUCUGUAAAGUCCAAUAACCUAUCCUUAUCGACUUCAAACGUCAACAGCACUGCGAAGUCAAAAUGUAUGCUUUCAACGAUUUCAUUAGCGACACCAAAUAAAAAUUACAAAUCAUCUAUGACGGUUAAGAAGGCACAAUUUAGCACAAAAGCGCCUAAAAAUGCGGCAGUGCAUUUUGGAAAUUUUUAUGGUCUUUGGGAUGAUGUAGGAAAAACAUAUUGUAAUAAUCACUUCAAUAACCGUCUCAUAAAAGAAGAAACAGCGAUUAAGAGACCACACCGAUUAGAGUUCACCAGGCAGAUGGUGAACAAGUAAAAAAAUUUUUUCGCUAUAAACAUAGUAAUAAAAAAUAUUUGUAAAUUGUUCCGAAAAAAACUUUUAAACGAGAUUCCCCUUUGCCAGAUUGGAGAGGGCAACUGACGCGGAAGAUUACAUGCGACAAGUGUCGGUUCUUCUAAAGAAGACGGUAGAGCCGCCCGACUUUAGAUUGAAUCAACUUCCAUCUAGAAAUUCAAUUCCUAACGGAAGUCGAAGCUCCUCGGAUUAUCCACUCUGGUACAAGGAGCCUCAUAAGAUAUCGUUAGUGUUCUCAAAUCCUAUCGCUCAACUUAAAGCAUGAUUAGUGUAAUUUAGUUACCAAAAAUUAACGUGUGUAUCGGCAAGAAACUUUAAUAAAUAAUUAGAAAUGAAGGGAUUAAGAAAAUGAAACUUAAAUAUUAACACCAUGGCAGAUAUAUAAACUUAUCAAAUU